AUGACAAAAAUAUCUGAUCUUUCACAAGAUCUUAUAGAGGAGAUACUCUCUAGGGUUCAGUUAACAUCUCGGGUGAGAUCCACUUGCAAACAGUGGAACGGUUUAUAUAAAGAUGAAAGCUUUACAAAGAAGCACCUGGGGUUUUUUUUAGCGAGCGUUGAUCUCCAGGGACUCCGUAAGCAAAAACGUGGCUUCGUUGAGCUAUCUACUAAGCCAAUAGGUCAAUUUAACCAGAUCACGGUAUCUGAUCAUGUUUAUCAUUGGGAUGGCCUAUUGUUUUGCCUUCCCAGAAUCGGUUUGCCCGUGGUAUGCAACCCGUAUUUGGGACAAGUCAGGCAGAUCAAACCCAGAAAAAAAUUAAACAUCUCGGGUAGUUAUAAGUAUUGUGUCGGAUACGACAACAGCAACAACCACAAAAUCUUGAGGUUUCUGAAUCACUUCCGUACUGUUGAGUGUGAUAUAUACGAUCUUAAAUCUGAUUCAUGGAGGGCUCUUGAAGUCACGCCUGACUGGAUAAUGGAGGAUUAUUAUCAGAUGGGCUUGACUUUGAAAGGAAAUACUUACAUUGUUGCUCAGAAUAGAAAAGCAGAGAUGAGAGAUUUUUUAAUUUGUUUUGAUUUUACAAGUGAGAGAUUUAGACAUUGUCUUGAUCUGCAAUCUUACUCUAAUUCUUACCCUCGUAAUAGAGACUCUGUGAUUCUAUCUGCUGUUAGAGAAGAGCAGCUUGCAGUGUUAAUUCACCGCGUGGAUGCAUAUGAGAUUGAGAUACGGAUAACAACAAAUAUUGAGGCCGAUGAUGUGACAUGGACAAGAUUCUUGAAAUUUGAUGUGAAGCCGCUCGAGUCCAGUGCAGCGUUUUGGAUGUUUCUUCGGCAUGGGAUUUUCUUCGUCGACGAGGAAAAGAAAGUGGCAUUGAUCUGUGAGAAUGACUUCGGUAGAGCUUACGUGAUUGGAGAGGAUAAUUACUUCAAACUUGCUCUCGUAAAAUCUACAGGUUGGCGAGUUAUGUGCUCUUAUGUUCCGAGUUCGGUGCAGAUUCCUAAAGGUCCAGUAGAUGCAUGA